AAAAUGCACCGUGAUUUGUACACCAUUAACCAGUGAAAGAGUUGUAAAAAGUAAAAAUAAAAUUCGUGAAUUAAUGUGUAGUGUGUAACGCAGUAUUAUUAUAUUACGUAGUAUUUACAUCCUAUUUGGUGUUACCUAUCAUGUACCUAUUGUACUUUGUAGGGGUAAUUCUGUUAGGAAGUUGGAAUCAAAAUCGAUUUCAUUAAGUAUCAUAUAUCCGAAUAAUUUUCAUUUUUCUGAAUCGUAAGAUUGAUAGUAAUAAAUAUGACUUCUGAGCUGAAAAUAUGCAGAAUAUGUCUAGCAACAGAUGUAAAAUUUUUUCACUUUGACCAAUAUAAUCUUAAGUCUUUUUAUGAAGAAACAUUAGUUUUAAAAGUACUCGAAGGAGAUGAACUUCCACAUUAUUUUUGCUUUGAAUGUGCCACUAUGUUAGAUAAAUUUCAUAAAUUUAAAGUGAAGUGUCGCCAAGGUUGGGACGUUCUUGGCAACUUACUUUGGCUAAGAUCAAUAAAAUAUGAGACUGUGAAGUCUAUGAACAGGAGAUCAUAUAAUCUAAGCUCUACUUUGGAGGUAACAUGCACAGAAAACAUUGAUAUUCUGUUCUCAGAACUGUCAGAAACCACAGAUAUUGAUAAACUAGAAGAUGAAGUAAUAGCAAAAGUUGAACAUAGUACAGAUACAGAAGUUGAAUGUGACUUUGAAAUGGAUAUAGAAAAUGAAGUCAAACCAUAUAGAAUAAUUCCAGUUGCAGAAGUUGAUAUAAAAGUUGAGAAAGCUAAGCCAAGGAGAGCAAGGGUUAAAAAAAAGCAGUUUAAAAAAAUUAAGAGAAAAGAACAUAGUCCAGUUGGAGAGGAUGAUAAGAUUUACACAAAAAGGCCACAAAUUCGUAAUUCAAAGGGUUGGAAAUUGCAUAUUAUGGAUGAGGAAACUGCAAGACAGAGUUUUAAUGCCCGGAAAGAGGAUAGCAAAUACAUUAAAAUGCCAUUUAAAUGUACAGAUUGCUAUAAAGGAUUCUCAAAGGAAGAUAUACUCAAGCGACAUAUGCUUCGGAGGCAUGAAGUGAAAAACGGACUUCAAUGCAACCUAUGCAAGAUGCGUUUUAAGUUUUCGUGGCAGCUCCGUAAACACAUGCGGGAUCACUACACGAUAUAUGAAUGUUUGCGGUGUGGAUUGAAAUGUCCUUUGGAAGCCUCAGCGAUACUACACGAAGAAGUGCAUACUGGUAUUGUGAGAAAAUGUCCCCAUUGUAAUGAAGAGUUUAGGCACCAGUCUACGUACUACUCGCAUAUGCGAACACACAGAAGUAACCACAUAUGCACAAUAUGCGGCUCUUCGUUCGUCAGCGAGCUGGGACUGUUACAGCACAAAAGAGUCAAACACUUAUUAGACGACGAGAACCAAGCUGAUGAAGAUGUGAGCACGUUCUGCGAGAAGUGCAACAAGACCUUCGAGACUCGGAAGGCGUUCGAGUAUCACCUGUUUCACUCCGCCAUGCAUAUCGUGACGCCAGAAGAUGGAAAGAAAACUAUAGUCGAUAUACAACACACAAGGAAAGUACUUGGGAAACGGACUCAAGCGAUGAUAUCAGAGAAGCUGAAACAGCUAAAUAGAUACGAGGAUAUAAAAUACACGACGGAUACAAGGAUCUUACGAAGAUUGCGAAGAGAUUUCAAGAAACCGACGACAUGCCACCAGUGCGGCAAACACUUCGAGACGCAGGCAGCGUGUAUGAAGCAUCACAUCAAGGAACACCCCAGGACGUCGUUCUACGCGCAGAGCGACCGACACAUCUGCGAGAUAUGUGGCGCAUCGCUUGCGCCUGGCAGUGUCGCCACCCAUCAGAACACUCACACCAAAGAGAAGAUCUACAAGUGUGAUACAUGCAGCAGGGAGUUCUUCACCAGCAUGAGUCUUAAGCGACAUCAGUUGACGCAUACGGGUGAGAAGCCACAUAAAUGUUCGUUAUGUGACAAACGUUUCACACAGAGCAACAGUAUGAAGCUCCACUACAGGACAUUCCAUCUUAAGGAACCCUACCCUAAGAGAAUAAGAAGAAAAAAGAAUGAAGAUCCGUCUGACAACUGUGAGACAUCGAGUGACUGUGACUCCGGCCAGAACAACCCCGAACAGUCCCGCCGGGGACUCGAACCGGCUGUCCACGAGAACGGGGCCUACUUGCCCCUCUAUCCGAACUAAAACAGCCAGAUCAGAGAAAAACGUGUGAAAGAGAUGAAAUAAUCUUGCAGGCAUUCGUUUUCUCUUUCUAGAGUUCGUGUUGAGCCACGUUAGGUCUCGUACCCUCAAAGACUGUUUAUCAAUACUAGAAUAAAAUAGUUUUUCCCACCUUGCUGAAAUGCUCGCUUUUAGUCCCUGGUACGAGGAACAAAAGUGGCCGGUUCUCAGUACCUUUGUCCCUCGUACCAGGGACUACCAGUGGGAGGCUCCUUUGCACAGGAUGCCAGCUAGAUUAUGGGUAUCACAACGGCGCCUAUUGCUGCCGUGAAGCAGUAAUGUGUAAACAUUACUGUGUUACGGUCUGAAGGGCGCCGUAGCUAGUGAAAUUACUGGGCAAAUGAGAAUUAACGUCUUAUGUCUCAAGGUGACGAGCGCAAUUGCAGUGCCGCUCAGAAUUUUUGGGCUUUUCAAGAAUCCGGAGCGGCACUGCAUUGUAAUGGGCAGCGCGUAUCAAUUACCAUCAGCUGAACGUUCUGCUCGUCUCGUCUCGUAUUUUUAUAAAAAAAAACUAAACGUGAACUUUUUAUUCAGGUGGGGAAAAAAAUCGUAUACGCACCACGUGAGAUAAGUAGGACAUUUCCACCAUUGACAAUAUUCCACGGAUGAGAAUGACCUACUUUUCUCCCUAGGCGCAAUAUACUAAUUUAGAUUAGUAGAUACUUGUAUAUAAUAUUUAUGACGUUAUCGUACAUAAGAGGACUGUAGGUCCGUUUUAUUUUUGUGUAUAUUAUGAGUAGGUUUUAAAACUUUCUGGCUUUCUAUAGAUGUAUGUGUUGGUGUAUUAGUGUUUAUUUUGUUUGAUGUUAAAUAUUUGUGUAAUUAAUUCAUAAGUAAAAGACUCUUGCAGUCUAGGUGGUUAUAAUUGAAAGUUAUUUUAUUUGUGAGGCUAGUCUGCAAUCAGUAACAUUAACUAUUACAAAAUCAGGCGCAUUUUUUAAUGCUCUAACUCCCUCUAUCUGGCUAGCAGAUUCUUUCUUGAGUCUCUUACGGUCGUUCCCAAUAUUCAGUCUAUCUCUUACUUGAGAUAAAAAUCAUAUCGCUGUCCCAAUAAACUUAUCGACGGUAAUUCACCUUAUCCGUACACGCUGUCUGUCAAUGGGACGACGUAUUGCUUACCAGCGAUAGAAGUUUGUAUGGAAAAUGCAAUUCAUGCGUCCCAAUAUAAGGCGAUAAGAAUGACUUAUCGGGUAUAAUGGGACAGCUUCAGAUUAUUGACUGCUAAUUACUGACAAUAGUAGGUAGUAAUUUAUCUCUAUCUGUAGAUAGUAUAUUGGGAACAGCCGCUAGUAAUUGGCUGCAGUAGAGAAUGAGAUAGUUGGUUGUGUUGAGCUGCCAACCGCUUAUACUAAUGUCGGUUUAAUUAUUGUAUGUAUAUUAGGACACUGCUGAUACAACUCUAACAAUGCUAAUAAUAAUAUUGACACACUUUUAAAAUUAAAUUUAUAUAGUAAAUUUAUGAACCAUGCGGGACUCGAACCUGCGACCUCUCGCGUUCCGUGCGAGUGCUCUUCCACUGAGCCAAUCGUUCGAGUGACGUAUCGUUGAUAAAUCUUGUAUAUGUGUUGUUCAACUCGAACACGCGAGUUCGCGGGUUCGGGUCCCGCAUCGUUCAUAAAUUUUGUUUAUAAAUAUUUUUUUGUAUAAUUAAUCCCAGAAGUGAGAUAUACUUACUUAAACUUACAUAAAUACAUAUAAACAUCCAUGACUCGGAUACAAGCAUUCAUAUUCAUCAUAUAAAUGUUUGCACCUACCGGGACUCGAACUUGGAAUCUCUAGCUCAGCAGGCAGGGUCACUUACCACCGAGCUAUAGAAUAUUGUUGGGAACUCUGAUAUUAAAGCUUGUUGCUUUUUUUAUUUAUUUAUUCGGAAACCCAACAAACGCACACUAAUAUAUAAAU